CAUUUCAGCCACCACCGAGCAAGCGGAUAACGGGCGGGGCAAGCUAUUGCAGCGGAGAAAGAUGGCGGAUCGCUUCUUCCAUAACGAGAUGCCGGCUUUCGUGGAGGAAAAGGAGGGCAUCCUCGCUCCCUCCUCUCUCCACAGCCUCCUCUACCUUUCCUACCCCAAAACCGCCGACAAACUCUUGCGAGCUGCUCUCGAUCUCAAGGAGAAGGUCGUGAAGGAGACUUGGGUGCGGUUUGGACGGCGUGCGAAGGAUUUCACGCUUUAUACAGGUGCGCUCGGGACUGCGUUCUUGCUGUUCAAGGCUUACCAAGUCACCAACAAUCGAGGCGAUCUCAGCCUCUGUAGUGAGAUCAUCAGGGCUUGCGACGUUGGCUCCCAGGGUGAUCCGCAUGUGACGUUUAUAUGCGGGAGGGCGGGUGUGUGCGCUCUUGGUGCGGUGGUGGCGAAGCACGCCGGAGAUGAGGCGCUGCUCAACCACUAUUUGAGCUCUUUUAGAGAGAUUAGGAUGCCUGGUAAAGUUCCAAAUGAGCUUUUGUAUGGACGAGUUGGAUACUUAUGGGCUUGUGCUUUCUUGAAUAAACACAUAGGUGAAGGGACAAUCCCCUCAACCCACAUGGGUGCACUAGCAAAGAAAAUCAUUAUGGAUGGAAAAAGACUAUCCAACAGAGGCAGCUGCCCUCUCAUGUAUGAGUGGCAUGACAAGAAAUAUUGGGGUGCUGCUCAUGGACUGGCAGGGAUUAUGCAUGUCCUGAUGGACAUGGAUUUAAAACCAGAUGAGAAGGAAGACAUUAAAGGUACCCUCCGGUACAUGAUUCAAAAUCGCUUUUCUAGUGGGAACUACCCCUCGAGUGAGGGCUCCAAUAACGACCGCUUAGUGCAUUGGUGUCACGGUGCCCCAGGUGUUUCUCUCACUCUCACCAAGGCUGCUCAGGUCUUCCAAGAAGAGCAAUUUCUGCAGGCAACUGCAGAGGCUGCCGAGGUGGUAUGGAACCGAGGCCUGCUAAAGAGAGUGGGAAUUUGUCAUGGUAUAAGUGGGAACACUUAUGUGUUCCUCUCGCUGUACAGGCUAACUGGCAACAUGGAGUACUUAUAUCGGGCUAAAGCAUUUGCUUGCUUUCUGUUGGACAAAGCUAACAAGCUGAUUGCAGAUGGUCUAAUGCACAGUGGCGACCGCCCAUAUUCACUGUUUGAAGGGCAGGCUGGUAUGGCACAUCUCUUCCUGGACAUGGUCAGACCCUCUGAAUCAAGGUUCCCAGCUUAUGAGCUUUGAACUUCCAUGCACUUUUGUGUGGAAAAACUAGGUUAGGAGGUAUAUAUGUCAUUUUGUGCUUGAGAUGUACAAAUGAGAAGGAAAAAUGUAUGUGAUAGUGAGGGUUGUCGAGGACGCUGUUCUUGCCACCUAAUCGUGUGUCAGAUGCUGCCUGCUUUGUAUCAUAUACUCGAGUCGUAUGCAUGAUUGUAUGAUAUCUGGUUUUGUACUUUUUGAUAACUCAACCUUUGUCAGAUAGGUUUUGGAUAGAUGUUUCUAAACUCUAAUCCAUACCCAGCAUGAAAAAUUAUAGAACUCUACUUUGGAGUA